AUCCUAACUACAGCCUCAAUGUUUGGUGAUAAACUAAAGCAAAAAAUUGAAGCGGAAUACAAACGCCACUUCGUUCCCGGUGAUAACUCGAUGGAAAACGUUCAGGAAUCUGAUAAUGAGGCGGUGAAAACGGAGGUGAAAACGGAGGUGUCGGACCAGCCCGUCGCAACAAUGGACGAAGUGCAGCAACACCAGGAGGAGCGCCCGCACGAUUCAUCCAGUGAUGGCGCGGAUAGCGAUACAACGCAGGAAGAUGGUAACAAUAGCCGGGGCGAAGUGAAAAAGCUGCGCGGAUUCUUUAAAAAGCCUCGUAACGCGCUGGAACGCAAGAAACACGAUAAGGAACGGAAAGCACGCCAGCUGCGUCGGUUCCGCAAGUUCUUAAUGCCGAAAAAUGCGAUCAUGGCAUUACACGAACUGCAAGGUCCCGGUAUGGCCGAAUUUACCCUGAACUCGAUCGGACGUGAAAUGAAGGCAGAAGUAAUGAUCAACAACGUAAAGUAUGAGGCAACCGCACCGAACAAGAACCUGGCGAAGGCGAAAGCAUCCGAGAAGGCUUUACGGGAGGUGAUCUUGGCGCAGAUGACCCGCAUGAAGCAACAGCGGAUCGCGCAACAAAAACAACAGCAGCAGCAGCAACUGGCGGAGGGACUCUCCUCGACUCCGGAGGUAAUCGAUGAUGAGGGUAUGGAUGGCAUAGAAACGGACGAUUUGCCGAUGGAGCAUCUGGCAUCUUUCGCUCUCCAUAAACUGUUCGCGGAAUGGGAGGCGGAAGGAUUUGAAGUGCCGAUUUUGAAGAUGACCCGCGGAAAACUGACCGCCCAGGUACCGGCAACGGGUGAGAAGGGGGCCGGUACGUCGCUCAUUCCGAAGGUAACCAAAACCGUAGCCGAUCUGCCACCGAACGCAGCCAAAUACCAUCCCACCGCACUGUUUGCAUACAUGCGUCCACAAGUUACAUUCGAAGAUCUCGGUUUGAACGUCGAUCAGCAGAACCGAGAAUUUAGUGUCGGCGUAAAAUGUGACGGUCAACAAUUUAUUGGCAAGGGUCGUUCAAAGAAGCUGGCUCGAAAGGCAGCUGCUGCCGAGGCCUGCAAGGAACUAUUCGGUGUGGUGUUUGACGAGAGUGCGCCGAAUGUUUCUAGUAAGAUAGCUCCCAUACCCGUACACACAACCAGCCCCAAUAAUGGGACUUAAAUAUUAAAUAUUCUAUAUUAAACUUAGAUCCGAGAGAAGCACGUGAUAUACCAUAGCCGUUCCCAGCCGUCCACGAGCUCUAUCUUUCCACGAGUUGCAAUAACAUAGCCAUGGUAAUUAAUUACCGAAUCCCGGUCAGAUGUAACAUUCUUUUGCUCAUGAUCAUACAUUACUUGUUUUUGUUCGUUGGAAGGAUAUUUUUUUCAUUUCCGGCUUUAUAAUCGUAAUAGAUUGUAAUGAUGGGGGGAAGAGCUUGUAUCAGACGACUUUAUUGGUACCGGAUCACACUCGGUACUUUUCCAGUAGCAAGACUUCACUAUCAGGUUACGUUGUGAGGAUAUAUCUAGUAUCCCGAUUACGGUAGACAUCGUUACGACGUAAAAUCUGCUACCUGAGUUUAGGGCGAUUAAAAUCCAUUGAAAAGAAUUUAGUAUUGAAAAAUGGGUUUGCCUUUAUUUCUACAUAAAACAACAAAAAACUGUACAGAUGUGUUCGAGUUACACGUUUUGUUAUACAUGGGCUUGCGGAUACGAGAUAUUUUAAUUAUGAACUGACCCCCUUGAAUUUGUGAAUAAACGUGAAUCAAAUCUAAUAAAUAAAUA